CUGCUUGAGCUGCGCAGGAAGGCAGAUGGGCUUCGCUUCGUUUUUGGCCAUCGUUUUGAACUGAAAACCGCUUUUGGAGUGGCGAAAAUGUACACAGCUGUUCUGCUUUUUGCCUUCGUGUGCUGGACUGCCUCUGCCCAUGCAGACCAUCAUCAGCCUUGUCGUUCACCCAAUAUGACCGGAUCACUUUCGGUGAUGGGAGGAAGGGCUGAAACGAAAGCGGUCGGACUUUUCACAUACGACUCGAUGAAUAAGAAACUCCGCUUCCAGUCGAACUCAAGCCUUCCCUUGAACGUAACCUUGGAUCUGGACCUCUUGGUGUUCUUUGAGGAGGGGAUAUUAUACAAGAUCGACAGCAAAAACCAGAGCUGCGAGAAGAAGGCGCUGCAGUCCAGAAAGCACCCUUUUGCUCUUCCCAGUGAUGCCACCUUCAUGACCACAAUGACCUCUGGGAGCGCCUUCAUUGAGGGGGAAGGCCUGAAAUUUCAAAUAUGGACAACGCCAACACCGGGCUUUAAAGGUAGAGGGGCAAGACACUGACAGCACAUUCACUUU